GAGUUGAGGGCGCGGAUAGCGGAAGUGGACAGGCAGCCGGAAGUAGCUGGAGUCACAGUCGGCUUGAGCUCCUGACAGGAUCCCGAGGUUCGAAGAGGAGGAGGCAGCCAUGGAAUUGGGCGAGCUGCUGUACAACAAGUCCGAGUACAUCGAGACGGCAUCAGGGAACAAAGUUAGUCGCCAGUCUGUUUUGUGUGGAAGCCAGAACAUCGUUCUCAAUGGCAAGACCAUUGUAAUGAAUGACUGCAUCAUCCGAGGAGAUCUGGCAAAUGUAAGAGUUGGACGUCACUGUGUUGUAAAAAGCCGUAGUGUCAUAAGGCCACCAUUCAAGAAAUUCAGUAAAGGUGUUGCAUUCUUUCCUCUACAUAUUGGGGACCAUGUCUUUAUUGAGGAAGACUGUGUGGUCAACGCUGCUCAGAUCGGUUCUUAUGUUCACGUUGGGAAGAACUGUGUGAUUGGGCGCCGAUGUGUCUUGAAAGACUGCUGCAAAAUUCUUGACAAUACAGUAUUACCUCCAGAAACUGUGGUCCCACCAUUCACCGUCUUCUCAGGCUGCCCAGGACUCUUCUCAGGAGAGCUCCCAGAGUGCACGCAGGAGCUGAUGGUUGAUGUCACCAAGAGCUACUACCAGAAGUUUCUGCCCCUAACCCAAGUCUAAUGUCUCUGCUUUAUAUCUUGAAUUCCUUUGACCUCUAAGAUGAACUGGGAGAUAAAGUGAGCAGUCCGGAACUACAGGAACUGCCGUGCUUUUGACCACUCUACUCUCCUUGAUUUCUUUUUUUUUUUAAUUUAGAAUUUUUCAGUCCUCCAAGACUUCUGAGCAUUUAGGAAUUUAAUAGGCAGGCCGGAGAGAUGGCUCUGUUGCUAGGAGCACUGGCUGCUUUCAGAGGACCCAGGUUCAGUUCUCAGCACCCACAUGGCACCUUACAACCAUCUGUUACUCCAGUUCCAGGUGAUCUGAUAAGCUUCUGGCCUCCCUAGUACCAGAUUUACAUGUGGUACAGACAUAAUAUGCAGCCACAACAUUCCAUCACAUAAAAUACUUUUUUUUUUUUUUUUUUUUUGGUUUUUCGAGACAGGGUUUCUCUGUAUUGUUUUGGAGUCUGUCCUUGAAGUAGCUCAGUAGACCAGGAUGGUCUCGAACUCACAGAGAUCCGCCUGCCUCUGCCUCCCGAGUGCUGGGAUUAAAGGCGUUCGCCACCACCACCCCGCUAAUAAAAUACUUAAAAAACUUUUUUCAAUAAGAGAGCAUCUGGAGGGGUUGUCUUUAUCUGCUGUGCUUACACGUAAUCUGUCAACAGUCACAGUACCAUUGUCUGAGGAAGGCAGAAAGGUCUGUUUUCAACACUCCAGCCCUGUGGUCCUGCAGAUGGCUGGAACCUGACUGGCAUGGGCCUGCAGAGCAAUAGCACCCUCCUAGCAUGGGGUUACAUGCACCAGGUGCUGCUCACAACCAUGUCCUACCCUCACUGCACACCACCCACUCAGAUGACAUUCAGCUAUCCUGCUGCUAACACAGGAUCAGUAGCACAAUUUCUCCUACCUUGAGGAAAGUUUGUGAUUUCAGAGCCCAGGUUCCUAUUGACUGUUAAAGUGUGGUGAAAAGAGAUGGACUGUAGUGAUACAAACCUGUCAUCCUAGCACCUGUGGAGUCGAGUCAGGAGUGAGCUCACAGUGAGCUCACAGUUGCCUGGUGUGUUACAUGAGACCCUGCUUUAAAACAAAAACAGGACUGUAAAAGAAAAAAAGGUGAAGAGCAGGUGGUAGCUGUUCUUCUUUUCAGAGAGACCUUAGCUGUCCUAGAAUAGUUAACAAAAGAUGUGAAACAGCCUGUUUUAGGCUGUUUACUUACAGUUGGGAAACCACUGCAGAUUUUGCUUCUGCAGAGGUCCUGGUUUAGGUCUGUGGUGUGGAUGGCUUAGUCAGAUCCUCAUUCCUUGUCUCAAGGUUUACUUCACCAGAAAUGAGUUUUUGUGAACAUUGCUUUCUAGCCUAGAAACAUUUGUUCCACCUGAUAUUUGCCAAAAUUCCCAUAGUUCAGACCAAAAUAUCUGUACUUGAGAUCAGCCUCACAUAGGCAUGAGAGGCUUUUCAAGUCAUCCUGUAUACAGAGCAUCUUCCCAGCUCCCCUAGCUGGUAGCACACCCCCCUGGCUCUGUUCUGAAUCCUUAGUUUCGGGAUGAAGGACUUGGUCAACCAGUGCUCUCAGAGAUUGGCAAAACAGUUCAGCACUAAAGGAUAGGACUUAAUAGGAGCCAUCUUGACUUAAAUGUAGGUCUGGGUUGACAGAAAAACCUAUGUGGACUCAGCUCUAAUCCAAUUCAAAACUGCUUUCUGUUUCUCAUUUGCCUUUUUUUUUUUUAUGUUGGUGCAUUAAAAGAUUGACACAUGGAACACAUUUUAAGGUGAUCACUCUCCACCUCUAGUAAUUGCAGCUGCUAUUCCUUAAGCUUCACUAUCUACCUGGAGCCAUGCUACAAGCUUUCUGUUCACUGGCUUGUUUGUUUCUCACACUGAUGCUAUAAGGUGAAUGUUAUUCACAUUUAACACAUGAAAUAAAAACUCAGAGCUAUCAGA